CUCCUUCCCGCCCCGACCGGCCGUGGCCCUCGGGAUCUCGCGGUCUGUCUGUCUGUCUGUGUGUGUCUGUGUGUGUCUGUGUGUGUGUGUGUGUGUGUCUGUGUCUGUCCCCCCCUGGCUGCAUUUUGGGGGCCGCUUCCCCCCGGGCCCUGCCGCCCCGCGGGACCCCGCGCCAGAUUAUCAGAAGGACGGGAAACCAGUUACUUGGUAGUCGUUACAUGGCGACAGCGAAUUCAACUAUCCUUCAGCCAACGCCAGUGACCGAGCAUGGGAGGAAAGAAAUGCAGUGUGUGGAUGUUUCUCCCGCUUGUGUUCACCCUUUUCACUUCGGCCGGGCUGUGGAUUGUAUACUUUAUCGCUGUGGAAGAUAACAAAAUCCUCCCCUUAAACGAGCCAGAAAGGAAACCCGGUUCAAAACCCGCACCGUACAUAAGUUUUGCGGGCGACGCGCCUCCGGCCAGCUGUGUGUUUAGCCAAGUCAUGAACAUGGCUUCAUUCCUAGCCCUUGUGGUGGCCGUCCUGCGCUUCCUCCAGCUGAAACCGAAGGUGCUGACCCCUUGGCUGAACGCCGGCGGACUGGUCGCCCUGUGCCUGGCCUCCUUUGGGAUGACCUUACUGGGGAACUUCCAGCUGUCCAACGACGAAGAGAUCCACAACGUGGGCACCUCGCUGACUUUCGGGUUCGGCACCGUGGCCUGCUGGCUCCAGGCCGUCCUCACCCUCAGAACCAACAUCAAGAACGAGGGGCGGAAAACGGGCAUCCUGCGGGUGCUGCUGUCGGCGUCUAUCACCCUCUGCGUAGUCCUCUACUUCACCCUGGUGGCUCAGGGCAUCGCCAUGUACGCGGCAAGGAUCCAGUGGGCCCUGGUGAUGUGCUUCCUCUGCUACUUCGCCACUUUAGCGGUGGAGUUCCGACACUACCGAUUCGAGAUCGUGUGCUCGGAGUACCGGGAGGAUUUCCUGAGCUUCUCGGAAAGCCUGUCGGAAGCCUCCGAGUAUCAAACUGACCAGGUGUAGCCGGCCGGAGGGAGAGGAGGGGCGGCGGGGGGAGGGCUGGAGGGCCGACGCCGCGGCAGGACUUGGUUCGUGAUCCCGCGACCCGUUUCUUUCCGACGCACCGCGGCCAGUGCUUCCUUCUCCCCGUUCCCCUCGGCCUUCCGCACUCCCGCCCCGUCCGCCCUCGAGCCGACGGACGUGGAGCCUCGAGGGGAAAGGGAGAGAGAGGGCCGCCGGUCCAUCCCUGUCCAAGAGGACGGGUGUCCAAGAGGGCAGCGGCCACGCGGCCUCCGCGGCGUCCUGUCAGAGACGGGGCUCGGGGCCGGACGGUCCGCGGAGUCGACCUGGGGCAAUGCGGGCCCUUCUUACCAUCUUCCGUCACACCUCGGUCACGGUCAACUGUUUCCCCAGAUCGCCGGUCCCGGCUGGCUCCCGGGAGGGAAAGAUCAGGAACGGAGAGGGGACGGUCAAGGGCGUUCGGAUGGUCCGUCUCUCCGCCGUGAGAGCGGUGGCUUCAGGACACUUCAGUCAGUCGAUCCAUCAAUCGAUCAAUCAAUGGUCCUUUUUGAGCCGCGCGCGGAGCACUCUCCUAAGCACUUGGGACAGGACCGUACGAGCAAGUCGGUAGUCACGUUUCCUGCCCGCAGCGAGCUUCCAGACUAGACGGGGAGAAGAGACGCUCGAAGGAAUCGUCGGAACUGGACCUGGGGGCCCAAAGCCUCCGGACAGAGUCGCCCGUAGUCAGCCCUCCCCAACUGUGCAUUGGAGAAGUCGUCGGUCGUAUUUAUUGAGCGCUGUACUGAGCGUUAGGGAGAAGACGAUAUAACAGGCACAUUCCCUGCCCUCGACGAGCUAACGGGCUAGAGAGGGAACGCUCUACUGAGCAUUUGGAAGAGUACAGUAUCACAAUAGAUGGACACAUUCUAUGCCCACAUUGAGCUUAGGGAAUGGUUAAGAACAGGACUCCAGUAGAGUUCUCUGUGCUGGUGGCAUCUGCAUCGAUUUGAAUUCUUUCCAAGUGGAUUUUUUAUUGUUAUUUAUUCAGUUCUGAGCCAAACCACCUCCCGCUCGACUUCCAGACAGGUGACACGGGAGUCGGCCCCCGGGAGAGGUCGGACCCUCAUUUCCUUGGGAAUGAGAGCAGGGGUGGGGAUGGGAGUGAGAGCGGCGCCCAGGUAAGUGCCCUCUGUCCAUUCAUUCGAUCGUAUUUAUUGAGCGCUUACUGUGUGCAGAGCACUGUACUCCAAGUUGGCA